CAGUUUGGCAAUAUCAUUCGCAAAGUACGGCAGCCCAGGACACAUCUCCGAGAAAUUGUAUUUAUUAUUGGGCCAUGGAAAAACAAGCGAUAACGGAAAUAUCGAAGUCAAGUAUAUUCGCCUUGGGUCCUGCCCCACCAGGAUUUCAGGCUCCAAAUGCGGUGGCUUUCGCCACCACGGAGUCGUCUCUUCGUGAUGUCAUUCGACACCUUAAAGAUACGAACCAGAGACUCGAAAAUGCUCGUGUUUCACUUCAAUCGGAGAGAAACCCGGUGAAGCGGCAGGCUUACAAGGAGAAAACGAUGAUAUUCGCCAAGGAACAGAUACGGGCCAAGAAACUUAUCGUCAUUUACCAACGGAAAUUGAUUGACUUGCAGGAUGCGGAGAUCUCAAAGGUCACCCGACACCUGAUCCAAAUGGAGGAUCUCCUCCGUGACGUAAACAAUCGUUUGGGCAACUUGAGGUUCAAAAUUAAAGCGGAAACCGAUCCCAAAAAACGUGAGAUAUACGUGGGCAGCUCCUUCUACAUGGUGCGGGAGCAGCACAAGACGAAGGGACUAUGCGUGCGAUGGAGGGAUCGCCUGGAGCAGCUUAAGAAGGCCAGGAUUAGGAAGGACCCACCAGCUAAAGAGAAGCCACAGUUAGCCAAUAAACCUCAAGAAACAGGGAAAACGGAGGUAGCCCUGGUUUUGGAAUCAUCAGAACCAAAGGCCGACCAAAAUGAAACUGGCUGCAAAAGGUGUGCCUUCCUUACGAUGACGAAUAAACAAGGUCAAACUAAACUUUGUAAAAUUUGUAAAAAAUGGGCUGAAGAUAAGAACAAGCUGAAUGUCAAUCUGACUGAGCCAAACGAAUUAGAAUUAAGACUUUGUGUAGAUUCUAGUUUAAAUGAAUCUACCAUUAAAAUUGAGAUCGAGCCUGUUGAAAUGACUGAGAUAGAGGAAAUGAAGUCUUUGGAAAAAGAAACUGCCUCGAAUUCCAAUGUUAGUAAGCCUUCGAUCGUACCCAUAAUCGUAGCUGUUAAGUCCGAAGCCGAGAAUACAGUUGAGGAGGAGAACAAUGUUAGAAAUGAAGAUUUGAUCGACCCUCAAGUAAUCACAUCCUUACAAAGUUCACUUAAAUCAAUUGACUGUAAAAAUAUGGCUCUGGCACAUCUGAAGAUAUUACAAGAGUACGCCAUGUUAAAUGAUAACUUUCGGGCCAUAGGCCUGCUUACUGAAGUUGAAAAAUCAAUCAUUAACCCUCCCCAGAACGAAGAUUUCGAUCUCUGAAUUGCUUCUUAUAAGGAAAACAAUCUAUUCGUCAAAGGAAACUUUAUUUUUUAAAUCGAAAAAUCUAGUUGUAAAUUUUUUUAAGAAAUUAAAAACCCAAACGGAAAUAGUUUGAAAAUAUCGCUGUGA